GCAACACAAAUUAGCUUCAGCGCAGGAGCAAACUAGCUAACAAGAGAGCUUUUUUUGGCUUUGCACAGAGAGAGAGAGACAGAUGGCGAAGGAUGUGGGUGAAGAAACACAAACUAGCCAUGGAAAGGAUUAUGUGGAUCCACCACCAGCACCACUUGUUGACAUGGCUGAACUCAAGCUCUGGUCUUUCUACAGAGCUCUUAUAGCUGAGUUCAUAGCUACUCUCCUCUUCCUCUACAUCACCGUAGCUACUGUAAUUGGCUAUAAGAAACAAACUGACCCAUGUGGUGGAGUUGGUAUCUUGGGUAUUGCAUGGGCCUUUGGUGGCAUGAUCUUUAUCCUUGUCUACUGCACUGCUGGUAUCUCUGGUGGUCAUAUUAAUCCUGCUGUUACUUUUGGGCUGUUCUUGGCCAGGAAGGUGUCACUGAUUAGGGCUGUAGCUUACAUGGUGGCUCAGUGCUUGGGUGCAAUCUGUGGUGUUGGUUUGGUUAAGGCUUUUAUGAAGAAUCCUUACAACCGUCUAGGUGGUGGUGCUAACUCUGUGGCUUCUGGCUACAGCAACGGCACAGCUUUGGGGGCUGAGAUCAUUGGAACUUUUGUUCUUGUUUACACUGUUUUCUCUGCGACUGACCCUAAGAGAAGUGCACGUGACUCUCACGUUCCUGUUUUGGCUCCACUCCCAAUCGGGUUUGCUGUAUUUAUGGUCCACUUAGCUACAAUCCCCAUCACUGGUACUGGUAUUAACCCAGCCAGGAGCUUUGGAGCUGCUGUCAUCUACAACAAUGACAAAGUGUGGGAUGACCAUUGGAUUUUCUGGGUUGGACCUUUUGUUGGAGCACUGGCAGCAGCUGCAUACCAUCAAUACGUACUGAGAGCAGCAGGCAUCAAGGCCUUGGGAUCUUUCCGUAGCAACCCUACCAACUAAAGGAAGAACCUUUCACCCCCAAAAGGAAAAAUUGAAAAACAAAAAGCUUGUCUAUCCAUCCAUUUGUUUGUUUGUUUUGUGUGUACGAGAGGAUUAUUAUGAUGACCCAUUCCACUUCAAUUUUAAUCUUUCUUUUGUUAAUUUAAUUAAUUUAGUAGUCUGGCUGUGUAUUAUUUGUUAUUGAGUAGUGGUACUGUUUUUCUUUCCUCUUUUCUUCUUA